CGGAGCCAGCGGCUGUCCUCGCCCUGCCUCCUGCCUCCUGCCUCCUGACCUGUCACAGGACAACAUCCUUCCCUACAGAGUACUCUAGCAUUUACGAUUCAACUGACAGCAGUCUCAUCCACGCUGCGGGGGGACACGACUCGUCGGACAGCGGUUCAGUGUCAGUAUCACACAGUGAGAUGCCAAGAAAGGCGCGCUUUACCUACACAGCUCGUCGUGGCUUUUGCAGUGAUUUUUGAGAAGCACCACUGUGGUACUCCUGUUCAUCAACGUUAGCCGGCUGGCGAGGUGUGAAAAGUCAGUGUCAUGACUGGAGCUGAAACUGAGGAUGAUAUUCCAUUGGGCGAAAGGAAGACUGUCACAGAUUUCUGCUAUCUUCUGGACAAGUCCAAGCAACUCUUCAAUGGGCUAAGAGACCUUCCUCAGUAUGGACACAAGCAGUGGCAGUCCUACUUUGGACGGACUUUUGAUGUCUACACGAAGCUGUGGAAAUUUCAGCAGCAGCACAGGCAGGUUCUGGACAGUCGGUAUGGCUUGAAGAGAUGGCAGAUUGGGGAAGUUGCAUCCAAAAUUGGACAGCUUUACUACCACUACUACCUUCGUACCUCAGAAACAAGUUACCUGAAUGAGGCCUUUUCAUUCUACUCAGCCAUCCGCCAGCGCUCCUACUACUUCCAGGUCAACAAAGAGGACAGGCCAGAACUGGUGGUAAAGAAGCUUCGAUAUUAUGCUCGCUACAUCGUUGUCUGUUUACUGCUGAACAAGAUGGACCUAGUCAAAGUUUUGGUGAAGGAGUUAUCUGAGGAGAUCGAAGAUUACACACAGCGGUUUAACACAGAGGACCAACUUGAAUGGAACCUGGUUCUACAGGAAGUGGCAGCUUUUGUUGAGGCAGAUCCAGUUGUAGUUCUGAAUGACAACAAUUCUGUCAUCGUCACCAGCAAUCGGCUGCAGGAGGGAAGUGUGCCUCCACUGGAACAAGGCAUGGUGGUUGGGCAGCUCAUCCUUGCAGAUGCACUAAUCAUCGGCAACUGUAACAACCAGGUGAAGUUCAGUGAGUUAACCAUCGAUAUGUUCCGCAUGCUUCAAGCUUUGGAGAGGGAACCUGUAAACUUGGCCACACAGACCUCCAAACAAGGAACGCUGGAACCCAAUGAGAAGCCAGCUAAAAGAGAAAACCCUCACAAGUAUUUGCUGUACAAGCCAACAUUCAGCCAACUUUUUACUUUCCUGUCUGCAUCUUUUAAGGAACUGCCUGCCAACAGCGUUCUGCUUGUCUACCUGUCAGCUACUGGAGUCUUCCCUACUGGCCAUUCAGAUUAUGAAGGACCAUACGAUUUUGGAGGAGUGCUCACAAAUACAAACCGUGAUGUGGUGAAUGGAGAGACGGUGCAGAAGAGGAAUCAGGCUCAGAAAGAAAUGCACUGCCUUCAUCCAGGAGAUUUAUUCCCUUUCACCCGGAAGCCACUUUUUGUCAUUGUGGAUUCUUCUAACAGCACAGCCUACAAGCAUUUCACAAAUCUGUUUGGCCAGCCUCUGGUGUGCUUACUAUCACCUACAGUAUAUCCCAAGAGUGUGCAAGAUCAGUCUCAGCGUGGGAGUCUCUUCACUUUGUUCCUCUACAGCCCACUCCUGGCUUUCUCCUCUGUGUGUGGCUUAAACAGCGUGCAGCGAGGCCUGUGGGAAAGGGCUCAAGAAUUUCUUCGUAAGGUCUACCGGGACAUCGGGCAGCUGAUAACUCGAUCACGGACCAUAGAUCAAGCCUUUUUGCAAUUCUUUGGUGACGAGUUCCUUCGGCUGCUGCUGAUCCGCUUUGUGUUCUGCUCAGCUGCACUGAGAUUGCAUAAACUCUUCCGGGAGUCCCAGAGCUUCCCAGAGUCGUACCCUGAGCUCCCUAAACAGGACACAGUUGAGAGUAGCCUUCUACAGAAGCAUAUUUUGGAGCUGGCGACCAUGCUGGACGUGCAGAGCCUAUUUUGGGAUGAUCCACUGGAAGCCUACUAACAUCUCCACACAGGGCAAAAUGGCAUACGUGUACAUACAGACUCAACUGCCAGAGCCCUCACAGUUGUCUCUCUGUUUUUGUUUUUUGUUCUUGUUUUUUACAGGUAAAGAAAAAAACUGAUUCUGCACAUACACAUUCAUGUCCUGCAUUUAACUGUUACCUGUGGAAGCAAAUGUAGUGCAACAUUAAAUUGUUCACAUAGAUAAGUCAGAGAGUUUAAUAUAGUAUCAGUUCCCCAUUUUGAGUGUCAGCGGGUUGCCUCAUAAAUAUAAGUAUCACGUAAGACAUAAGAGUAAACAAACAAGUGAGACGCUGCAGAUAACAUUUUUACUCACCAGUCCCCAUCCAAAUGCAACAGCUGCAGCCCCAAACUGUAUUCUUCAUAUCAGAUAUUUGUCGUCAGUCUUGGUUUUGUGUUUUUUUUAAUGAUAUUUAUCAUUGUUUAUUAGAGUGCAGGUUGUGUGAGCCUUAAGGAUAGAGAAUGGAGAAAUCCUGGGCAGCUUCCAGGUGUGACCUUAUCUAUCUAUCAAAGCAGGGUGGUGAACACAGAGAGAGAGAACACAGUGCUAAGCAUCAGUAAAUAUUCAAAACAAACAUAAUGUUAGCACAUAAUUCGCACACUGGGUUGGAAUUUGAAAGAGUUCACCAAAAGUGUUAUAAAUGGUAUUUGCCAAACAGUGCUUGCAGUUUAACAGCUCAAGUUGUAGCAGGCUGAGGUGCAUGAGGUCAUGUUCGUUUAUAGGUCUUAUUAGUUGUAAAGAUAUCACACUACUUUGUGGCAUUAACCAGCAAUCCAUCCAGUACCUUUAAUCGACCAUUGUUUUGGCUUUGUGCGUUUAUGAAAGUGGCCGUUAUUGCUUUUCCAUAUCACUGUGCUGUGUUUGCAUGCAAAAAGGCAAAGAAAUGUACCCAUUAUGUUGUUUUAUUCACGGAGAACGGCCACCAGCUUCAAGGCUUUAAAAAGGGUUGUAGAAUUUAAAAUGGCACGGGGUUGGGAAGUAAAUGGAGCCUGUGCAUGUUUUACAGGGGCCUGCACAUUUGUAGCUGUGUCAACAAAAGACAAUCUAGUUUGUUAAUAGAAGAGAUGAAGGAAGGUAGCAUGAUAUGCACACCAACGUUUUUUCACUAAUAGCAUACUUCAGUCCGUUUAUUACUUAAGGCCUAGACACACCAAACCCACCGCAGCAAUUAAAGCUGACUGUUCUGUCGCCUCACGUCACCUGUGUCUUGGCCUACAAGGCUGCUGCCAACGUUAAAACAGCACUUAUGUUCUGCACCUGUGUGAGAGAACAUAACUCUCCACACCAGCAGACAGCGAUAGUCUGUAAUCAUCGUUUAAAAAGGGAAAUUGGAAAUUGUUCUUUUUUGGAGGGAGGUUACCUUACAUAGAUAGGAAAGCCUAGCUUGUAAUGGGAGGAGAGAGAGGGGAUGACACGCAGCAAAGGGCCAGAGAUGGAAUUGAACUUGCAGCAGCUGCGUCAAGGACACAGUCCCCACAUAUGGGGUGCCCGCUCCAUCAGGUGAACUCAUGGGCACUCCAUCGGAAGACCGGCUUGACACUAGUUAGCCAGUUAAGCGCAUCAACAACUAGGCCCCCCAUGUGCAGGGGCUGUGUCCUUAUUCCAAUUUAAGAUGCUAAAUCAGCUGAAAAUCGCUUCCACACUGUCAGCCUUUGUCAGUGUUGUUUCAGCUGACUGAACAUGUUGAAUCGGUGUCGGCACAGCGGAGCCCAUAGGUGAAUGUACUCAUUCUUGUUGGCAGUUCAGCUCAACGCAUGAGAAAAGAAACAGAGGUGAGGAAAGUAAACAAAGAGCUAAAGUCGAGAGGGAGUUAGACCAAAAAAAACCUUUUCCGGAAUUUAGCCAAUGAGCUCUUAAGCAGAAACGUUUCCUGAUGGCUUGUGUUGUUGUUCACUAAUGAACGGUGCUCUAUUCUUUCAACACUGGAUUGUGUUGUUAAUGUGCUAACUGCAGGGUUCCCACAGUCAUGAAAUUCCGGGAAAAGUUGUUUGUCAAUUGUUUGUUUGUUGUGGUUUAGAAUUAACAGAACAUUUGGGAAGGUUUGGAAUAUACAUUGCUCUGGCUGUCGUUUAAAAUAUGUAUAUAAAAAUCCUAAAACAUGACUAACACUACACAAAAUGAGUUACUUCUUUAUUAAUGUAAAAUCUAGUGUUGUGUUGUGUGACUGCUGAAACGUCACUAAUAGCACGAUAUACAUAGACCAGCAUCAUCGCCAAGGCUGCACCCUUACCGCACAUCAGGAGAGACACAGGAAAAUGCAGAAAAACUGUUGCAUAGCAGGUUAACCAAGGCUUUCACAAUGAGAUUUUAGGCUAAUAUUAGUUUGAGUAGGAAACCAUUUUUUAACAAGAAAAAAAUGCAUACGAACUUGUCAAAAUUUCAUUAAAAUACACGUCAAAUUCCAGUGACAUCCACAGGACCCUCAGUUCUCUAUGCCCCAAAAAGAGGUGCGUCCCUCAGUUUUGGUGAAUCGCCUGUAUGGGCCAAAAUCAUGAACAUGGCGUAAAAUAUUUUUCCUCUGAUGCAGAACAUACGUGCUGGUUGGCCAUCGGCUGUGGUCUUUGCAGUGUGUUCAUGUGCAACUUUUUGUCUGAGACACAGGCAACAUGAGGAGACGCAGCAGGGGGCUUUUGGUGCCAAUAGUUCUCUGAAGUUGGUUUAGUAUGUCUGGGCCUUAAAUGACACCAAACCUGUCUAAGUGCUGACAGUAUUAUCAUGUUACCCGCCAGUUGCUUGAAUAGAAUAAUAUUUUUACCACCAGUCAUCUUUCUCCUGCAGUCAAGUUACUUUCCCGCCAGAUGGGUUUUGUUUUUACCGUUAAUCCACUGCUUGAAGGGUACAGAUGCUGCCAUCUUUGUCAUUUACUGACACCGUAAAAAAAUCAAAUUCAGUAACAAGAGAGGAAGCUAAUACAACCCAGGACCUUUAUCAUCAUUCAUCCCUCUGUCUCCCAGUCAUUUUAGUCUCCACUUUCAACUCUAAAAAUUUCCCAGAACUCACAAAUGUAAUAAGAAUCAUUCUGCAGUGAGUCCAAGAAGUAUCAGACUCUAGAACGCUUGAGCUUAGCUUUUAAAAUAGCAUGCGGGCUACGCCAGCCAGCACUUCCAGAGACAUUGUCAUUGUGUUUUCAAACACUUCAUGUAAUGUUGGUUUGAGUUUUGUUCUGCAGUAUAAAGUAGCAUUUCAGUGGACAUCAGUAGUCCUCUGCCAGACUGGUGCCAGAAAUAAAUCCCCCAUGAUGUCUCACAGUACCGACAUUUCUUUCCACACUCAUCACAGCUGAUUGCAGAAUUAAGAGAUGUGGUUGGUGGAGAGAAGAUGUGCUUGUUGAUGGAAUUUCCACAAUCAACAUAUAAUUUCUUAAUUUGAGACUAAAUCAGUGGUUUGCAAAUAACAUUCAAACAAUUUAUUGAUUUUAUAUUUUAGCCAGUUUCAUGUUGCUGGAUUGAUCAGAGGGUAUGUGGGUUUCUGAGUAGUUAUCAGUAAAAGGCACCACAUGACAGUCUCUGUUAGCAUGUUUCCGUGCAAUACUUUGACCUUUAGAAUGAUAUUUCAAAUACCCUCUGAAAUGCUAGAAAAUCACUGAUUUGCUGAAAACCAUAUUUUUAAAAGAUUUUGAUACCUGCUCAGACAUUUGGUCAAGACGAGGACUCUCCAAAACUGACCAGAUUUCCACACUUUCCUGUGCCUGUCCAUGGUCCCCAAAUAAUGAAUACAAAUUUUGACAAAAUUUGCCCGUUGACCUUUAGUGCCAUAUCUAGACAAAGAUGUUAGUUUGCAUGCAAGAUAUUUCAUAAUCUAACAGACUGGCAAUUCCUCGGAUACUGAAUACUGAGAUACUUAAUUGGUGACACUAAUCUUGAGUGUCCACCUUCAAACUGUGCUGAUUGUAUAGAUCCUCUGUGCUGUUGAGGAGAUAAUGGGUGUGAAGCAUCCAUGUUUUUACAGUCAUGGAUAUAAACUGUAAGAGAAACUUGACUGGUGCGCGGAGGUAUACAACUGCGGGGCAGUAAUACUAGAUUUUUAUCUGUAUUAUUAUAAGACCAAAGACAAAAAUCAACAGUGCAUUAGUCCAUCUGUCGGUACUUCUCCCUAAACUACCUGUCCGUCAAGCCCAUUGGCUCCUACUAAAGAGUAGAGUUGGGUCGAUUUCCGGUUUUGGUAACAUUUUUGAUUUGAAGCUGACAAAAGAGGCAUCGUAACUGGCCAUGAGUGUCAUGUUGCACUGUUUGGACUUGAACUUUUAUUGUAUGCCCUGUUUCUAUUUAUUCCUGUUAAUCGCUUUGAAAGCUCUGCAAUGGACGAGGAAUAGAGGCUUCAUGUUAAAAUGAAACAACGUUAUCUAAUGAUACCUUCUUAUUUUACUACAAAACCUAAAUAAAGUGACAGAAAAUUUUUUGGUAAUGACCAUUACUAAUAACAGCUUAUUUGCUGUUGGUGUAAUUGUAGUCAAUUUCAGUAAUUAUCACAGUAUAAAACAUGUUAAAAAGUACAAAGGUAGGAGAAAUAAACCACCCAUCAUUUACAUUUUAUUAAGGCCCAAAGUUACGCAUAUUUAGGAGCGGGGCCACUUGAGUGACAGGCUGUCCGUGAGGUAUUGCCACAGUCUUGGUAACAUUACAAAGACUGUGUGAGUAACAUUACAAGUAAAUGUUCCACCUUAACUGUUGCUGUCAGUCUGCCCAGUGAAUUAAGUUAUUUAAUUUCUCAGACUACAGCUGCUGCAAGAGGCAGCAAAACAUCCUGUUAUUUUGUAGUUCAUUAAUAUGUGUUAAACUUGCCACAGUAUGAACAGUGGUUACAUAAGCCUCAAAAACAGCCACAACUCAGCCCUGAGCAAGGGCAACCAUCCACUAGUGACCAAUCAACGGACUGCAGUGUUUUUAGUUCCACCUUUUAGUGCCAGAUCUGUGUGCUAGGUACCCUAUCCUUUAAAAAUUGUUUGUUUGUUUUUUUAUAGCCCCAUUUCUAAAAAGGGUCUUAGAAAAGCUAAAAGCUAAGUACGUAGCUUCUUUUCUCCAGGACUACUGUAGCUCCUGUGCUUCAGGCCUCAAAUUUCUAUUUGGACAGUUUCAUAUGUUUUAAAAUAUGCUCCACAUCAAAACAUCAACCAAAUAAAAAGUUUAAGUG